GCGGCGCUGCAGCGGCUUGGGAUUCGCUGGGCGCCCCGCUGCUCUGAGCGCUCGCGGUGCUGGUGCAAGCGGGGAGGACCUGCGGCUGCUGGAGCAUCUCCCCGGGGGAAGCAGCAGCAGCAGCGCGGUGGGUGCAGGUGCAGCAGCAGCCCGUGCUUGGUGCCGCCUUUGUUUUGUGCUGGGACUCUCCCGUCGCUAUGAGCGCCUCUCCCUCCAGGCUGAUCCGCCUGCUGCUGGGUGCCGCGAUGCUGUGGGGGCCGAGCUGCCUCUCCCUGCGAGUCCUCAGCGGUCAAAAAGUGUGUUACGGAGAUUUCAAGCAUCCCUGUUACAAGAUAGCCUACUUCCAGGACUUGUCAAGACGUGUGGGCUUUCAGGAGGCCCACCAUGCCUGUGAAAUCGACGGUGGUGUGCUUUUAAGUCUGGAAAAUGAAACUGAACAGAAGCUCAUAGAAAACAUGUUACAAAACCUCACCAAGUCAGGCUCUGGAAUUUCUGACGGUGACUUCUGGAUCGGAUUGUGGAGAAGCGGAGAGGGGCAAGCAAUAUCAAGUGCUUGCCCUGAGCUCUACCAAUGGACUGAUGGAACUGUUUCAUCAUUCAGAAACUGGUAUACGGAUGAGCCUUCCUGUGGAAGUGAAGCUUGUGUUGUGAUGUAUCAUCAACCAACUGCAAACCCUGGUCUAGGGGGGGCUUACCUUUACCAGUGGAACGAUGAUAGAUGCAACAUGAAGCACAAUUUUAUCUGCAAGUAUAGUCCAGAUAAUGUCCUAGAAAAAGAACUAGGCGACAGAGCAGAGACAGAUUAUGAGGUUUUCCCAUCAGUGGCAGCAGGAAAGCCUUAUGAUGAAAACAAACGAGAAGAUAAUUCUCAUGUAGUUGUUACUGAAACAGCCCUGCAAUUGGAUCUGCAUGAACCUGGAUCAGACCUUUGCACCUCACCAGUGCCCCACUGAACUCAGUGGAUCUCUACCAGGGCACAAGGUUCUGCCAUUGUGGAUCUGAUUACAGGAUCAGGCCGCAAAUAUCUCUGAUAGAGUCAAGGCCAGCAAUGUGUAAAAUGGUCUAACACAAACAUAAGACACUUUGUUUUCUCUUUUAAAACUGAAUUUUAGUGCUCACAAAAGGUGCCAGACUGAUAGUUCUAGGGACUGAAGUGUUGUUUUAUCUACCCAAUAGCCCCAUGGUAAAGCAAGGUUCCCCAUGUACCCCAACCCCUAUCUGGAGGGAUCAUCUCUAGGAUGAGAGCAUCUGAGAAACUGCCAAGAAAAGUUCCUACUGUGGUGUUGUUUUUUGGGAUGGGGCCAUCUACCCACUAAGAACUGCUCAGAGACCCACCAAUUCAUUUAAUUUAAGGGUUGAUAUUCUGCAUGGUUCCAAGCAAUUCUUGAGAGGUGCUAAGUUCCCUCAACUCUCACAAACGUCAGUGGGCAUUGAGGGCACUCAACAUCUCUCUGGAGCAGCUCAACAUCUGGCUCACUGAACAGCUGAAAGAUGGCAUUAACAUUCCACUACUAUCCAUCUCAACUGGAUUUGAAUCAAUUCCCUUGUUUGUGAAUGCCCACAUGUCCCACUACCAGCCCCCCCGUAUACUUUUACAUGAGUCAAUGGACUAUUUUGUUGCCACUGUUGUCAUUUAAAAGAAUAACAUUUUAUUUUAAAAUGUCAUCAUUAUUGUGCAGCUCUCUGAAUAUAUAACGAGAAUGCUAAUAGGCCAAGGAAGAAAAAAAGAAUCCUGAAAAAUGCUAGAUAAUGGAGAGGUAAAACAUGGGGCUUACAAUGGUGCAUGGGAAAGAUAAGCAGCAGCAGCCGCAACCAACCGUGGAUCUCCAUUUGCACCUGCUUAGUUUCUCAGAGCAAUUUUUCAUCUGAGCACUCAAGGGCAGAUGCUGUUGUUGUAAAUAAAUAAAUAAAUAAAUAGGUACUAUGCUUUUCAAUGCAUGACAUACAAAGAGCCUGUAUUUAACACUAGUGCUAUGGUAUAUAGAAAGCCAAAUUACGAUUAACAAAUAAACUGGCCUUAAACAUUUGCUCUUGCAAGUGAAAGUAUAUUCAAAAAUAGUCGGUAAGAAGUACAGUAUCCAGAGUACGAGCUUGUGGGUCAGGUUUAGACAACUAUGAGUACUUUAUCUUAUGUACAGUAAUGAAAUGUGGGUAUAAACCUAUUUAAAAUGUAAUCACAGUUUCUCUCUUGAACCUGGAAGCUGUUCCUAUUAAACAUAGCUGUACAAUGAUGAUUGCUUGUUACUACAUGGUGGUCAGUAAGCAGCAGCAUGUUAAGUUUAUGGUGGCAUAUUAAUGAAGGGGCAAAGGAUGGUUCCUUCAUUAUACACACAACAGCUGUCUCUGGAGUCUAAACAUCCUUCUUCUUGAGCCCACUGUAAGCAUUUGGGUGGACAGGGCCUCACCUCUUCCUAUAUCAAAGGAGACUUAAUGCUUCAGGAAUUGUUUUUGUUCUUUAACUGCUAUACUGAGAAAAGAAAAAAAGUUCAAAUGACAUAAGCGCAGCCUGUAACUUUUCAGUCUAGCCUGAGUAAGGAGUAAUGUGUAGCUGUGCUGGUCCAGUAGCAGAUCAGAGAACCAAUGGGGACUCAGAGUCACAGUUCUGCCCCUGCUACAUUGCUCUAAAUUACUUCACCCCUUUUCAUGGAGCAGCUUAUUCCCCACUGAGUACCAAGGCAGCUACUGUGACCAGUAAGUAGCAGAGAUGGAUCCAGGGCUCCUGAUACCCUCUACCUGUUCCUUUCCAUUUUUUCACAGCAGAGUGGGUCAGAUGAGUAGCCCCUGUUCUCCCCCUCUCAGCCAGAAAGAGACACAGUCAUGAGGGCUGUAAAGGGGAAUGGGGGUGGGGAGUGGACCUGGGACUUAUGCCCUCUUACUUCCUUGCAUGGCUGAAUAAGAGCUGUGUCUAUUCAGCCCAUAGCAUGUAAUCAAGUGUACAUUGCUACAAUAGAUGUAUAUUUUAGCUGCAGUGUAAGUAUAAUGAGAUAUUAAUCUUAUACUGAAAACUACAGUAUGCACCUUCUGGACAGCUUUUGCAUGAAAUAUUGGGGGCUUAUUCUUAUAUUCCUAAUACAUUCAUAUCUUCCUUCUAAAAUGAUUAGCAGUCUUUCUGCACAAGGAAUUCAGAAUUGAACUAUGUGGGCGUACAGAUAGAUACAGUGAGAUGGGACAGCAUCUUUCAAUGCAGUAUGCACUAAUGAGAGACUUUUUUUC